GCCCAGGCCCACUCCAAACCACAAUCGCAGCCAUGGAGCUCCUUGUAAUACCCAUACUAGCCAAAAGUAUCUAGUAUGACCUGCAAGCUGCGAACCUGCGACCCGCGACCCCCAAUCAUCCCAGACCCUGACGUCCUCUGGGAUUUUUUUCUCCAAAAUAUUAAUCUCUGACCUCUCUAAUCUACUCCUCUACAACCUUCAUUCAACUUCAACCCUCAACGUGACUCAAAAAGCUUCCCUUGGUCCUUUCUUUCUCGUCUCUCCUUGUCGUCGUCUGAUCUCCUGAUGGGCUUCAUGAUCCUGCCAUAAACCCCCCUCCGCACGUCUCGACCACUGCGACCACCAUGGCGAGCAAACUUCCCCUGCGCAUGAUGCCCGGCUUUCCAAUGGCGUCACCCAGGCCUUGGUCCAUGCGAGCUUUCUCAACAUGUCGCCGCUCAACUCUCCCCCUUCCAAUUGCCUCCAGACCGUCCUCCUUGGUGUCCCGGCCACUUAUCCAGCGAUCCUUCCGUCGCAGCUACGCCGAUGCCCCCCAAGCUCAGCUUUCCCCAGAACCCAAACCGAAGAAGCGAUUCCGAUUCUUCCUCUGGACCUGGCGCUUGACCUAUCUCUCCGUCCUAGCAGGCCUGGGAUAUGUCACCUAUCAGAUCUAUGAAGGUCGCAACCCGAAAGAGCAACUUGAACCUGAUCCAAACAAGAAGACGCUCGUCAUUCUUGGUACCGGUUGGGGUUCCGUCUCCUUGCUCAAGAACUUGGACACCGAAAACUACAAUGUCGUUGUCGUCUCGCCUCGUAACUACUUCCUCUUCACCCCUCUGUUGCCCUCGUGUACUACUGGUACCAUCGAGCAUCGGUCCAUCAUGGAACCCAUCCGGAACAUUCUCCGACACAAGAAGGCAAAGGUCAAGUACUACGAAGCUGAAUGCACGAAGAUCGACUACCAAAAGAGGAUCGUCUAUGCUAAGGAUGACUCGGAAAUCAAGGGUGACACGAUGGAGACGGAGAUUCCCUUCGACCUGCUUGUCGUGGGCGUUGGAGCAGAAAAUGCCACAUUUGGAAUCCCCGGGGUUCGUGAGCACGCCUGUUUCCUCAAGGAAGUCGGUGACGCUCAAAAGAUCCGCAAACAAAUCAUGGACUGUGUCGAAACUGCAACUUUCAAGGAUCAGAGCCCCGAAGAAAUCAAGCGUCUUCUCCACAUGGUGGUUGUCGGUGGCGGUCCGACUGGUGUCGAAUUUGCCGGUGAACUGCAGGAUUUCUUCAUGGAAGACUUGCAGAAAUGGGUCCCUCAGAUCAAGGACGAUUUCCAUGUCACUUUGGUUGAGGCUUUGCCCAACGUGCUCCCUAUGUUCAGCAAGCAACUGAUUGAAUACACCGAGUCAUCCUUCAAGGAAGAGCAUAUCCAGAUCCGCACAAAGACCAUGGUCAAAAAUGUCACCGACAAGUACAUUGAAGCCCAGGUGCAGAACCCGGACGGUUCGAAAGUCUUGGAGAAGAUUCCCUACGGACUGCUUGUCUGGGCUACCGGUAACGCUCUUCGUCCCGUGGUCAAGGAUCUCAUGUCCCAAAUUCCUGCUCAAGCGAAAGCCCGUCGUGGUCUUGAAGUUAAUGAAUACCUUGUCGUUAAUGGCACCGAAAAUAUUUGGGCUGUUGGCGAUUGCGCCGUGGCGAACUACGCGCCCACCGCUCAAGUCGCUGCUCAGGAAGGAACUUUUCUUGCGCGUUUGUUCAACACCAUGGCCAAGACGGACGCCAUUGAGGCUGAACUGCGCGACUUGUCCGGCAAGCAGGCGACCGCAAACCCAGACCAACGCAAAGUCAUCUUGGAAGAGAUCAACGAGCGCCAGCGCCAGCUCCGUCGCAUCAAGCAGAUUGGCCCGUUCAGCUAUUCGCAUCAAGGAUCGCUUGCGUAUAUUGGUGCCGAAAAAGCUGUUGCCGACGUGUCUUGGUUCAGCGGAAAUAUUGCAAGCGGAGGUACCAUGACGUAUUUGUUCUGGAAGAGCGCCUAUUUGAGCAUGUGCUUUAGCACGCGCAACCGCAUCCUCGUCUUCUUUGACUGGGCCAAGGCCAAGUUCUUUGGCCGCGACGUGUCGCGAGAAUAAGCAAAUUGGGACAAAGGCCGGAAGCCUGAGAGUUAUAUGCGUUUCCGGGAAGUGACAAGGAAUUGUAUGCUCUUGCCGCAAGCUUCUUUGCUUCUGGACAAUGGGAUUCCUGGGCGGUAUUAAUGCUUCUCCGAAGGCUUUUCGGGCCCGGAUCGAGAAAACGACAACUGUUUGACUUAUAGACGGCCCCCUCUGGAGGGGCCGAGCACUGUAUGGUACCAUUAUUGUUUAUCCUUUAUGCUGAAAUACCUCAUUGUUGCACGCCUGUUGUCGGGCAUGGCCGGACCUUGAUCUGGGAUACCGGGCUCUCCUUGUGAGAUUUAUCGAGGUACGAAAACGCCCCGUGUCUGUCAAGAUCUAGCGGAAAUUCGCUUGCCUGCUUUCCCCUCGAAUUCUACAAGACGCGUAGAGUCACGGACUCUCCAUUUGGAGAUUCUGUGCUACCUUUAUACAAAAGUCCCAUCUUCA